AUGAAGAGGGUCAUCAAACGCUGGGUCCAGACCUGCCUAUCCUGCCAGCGGAACAAGGGUUUCCGGUACAUUCUCACCAUCGUCGACCGAUACACGCGCUGGCCGGAAGCCGUCCCCAUCAGCGAUGCUACCACCCCCACCAUCGCCCAAGUGCUCAUCAGUGCGUGGAUAUCACGCUUCGGGGUACCCUCUGUCAUCACCACUGACAGAGGUCCUCAGUUCGACUCAUCCCUCUUUACCAACCUCAUGCGGACUCUUGCUCCAUCGGCAGCUGAAGGUCGCCCUACGCGCCGCCCAGCACACCCCCUGGCCAGAAGCUCUGCCCUCGUACUUCUGGGCAUCCGAACAUCCUUCAAGCCCGACCUCCGCUGCACCACUGGAGAUCUUGUUUAUGGUGCCCCCCUACGCCUUCCCGCUGACCUGCUUGAAGCCUCGCCUACCCUGCCGCUCCUGGCUCCCGCCGACUACUUGUCCCGGCUCCGGCACACCAUGGACGCUCUCCGCCCAACCCCUCCCCGUUCCAGUCGUGUCUCUAACGCCUUCCAACCCCCCGACCUUGACGGCUGCUCGCACGUUUUCGUCCGCUGCGACGGUGUCAAGAAACCGUUGCUGCCACCUUACUCCGGGCCCUAUCCCGUCAUGCGGAAAACCCCAGCCUACUUCACGCUUCUCGUCAACGGCAGGGAAGACACCGUUUCCCUCCACCGUCUAAAACCUGCCUUCAUCGACGCCUCCACCUCGCCGGCCAUCGCAUCGCUUGGUCCCUCCGCCCCGCUUCCCACAAGUCAGCCUGGAGACCCGUCGCCAGCCCAUUCGAGCCCUUCCCGUCCGCAUGUAACAUGGUCCAAGCGCCUAGUCACCAGUCGUCGCUUUACAACGACUCCAUAG